AUGUCAGACACUAGUCAAAUACAUCAACGUUCCUCGCAAGCUGACACUGCGGCUCCACUGUUGUGGACUCAUGUGGUUAACUCACGCCGCAAAGGCAACAACAGACAACAACAAUCCAUCGUCUCUUUCAACCUCACCAUCGUAAAACGACCUGUUACUGAAGCAGAAGCCUCGCAACAGGCCAUCAAUGGGGAUGCUUCGCCACCGCCUCAGGCGGUCAUCCGUCCAUUCCUCAAAGGCGUGGAACAGGAUUCCGCCUUCAUCGAUCUGACGCCUAUCAAGGAUUUCAAUCUCUUGAAAAAGGCUCUUCUUCAAUUCAACGAAUCCUCCAAUGCUGAAGACAUGUAUGAAGAAUUCCUUGGCGAAGGUCGUAAGAUUCUCAUUGAAGAAGGUAUCACUCUAGAGGAUGGCACCUUUGUGAAAGAAUUUGCCUCGUACCAUGCUGAUGCUGCGAUUGUGAAACUGACUCUGGAGAAUCUCCCUUUCUUGCCUGCCUUUCAGUUGAAGGAGGAAAUGGCUGCCCGUCUUUCUGCGUUCGGGGAUGUCUUGGAUCACGGCAUCUCGAGAACUGAUGGGAUCUACCAAGGAGAAGAGUUACAUCCCGAUGGUAAAUCUUGCCCUGGUCAUCGCCAUUUGGAGAAACUCAGCCGUGUCAUUGUCUGGGAUUUGACAGCUUCGGAUCAACGAAAAGAUUUACUCCAAUGGGAUCAAAUACCGGCUUUCUGUCGUAAUUGUCAGAGCUCUAAACACUGUCGGGCUGAUUGUCCUGACUACAAGAAGUGGGUUCGCUGCCACCAUUGCAAUGAAACUGGACAUGUGGUGAAGAACUGCAGUCGCAAUGACAGCCCAAACAAGGUCCGUGCGGUGGAAAACACUCCUGUCAAACCCCGAAAGGGCUCUCAGGUGGCCAAAGAGGGUAAAAAGGGUACUCAAGGUGGCUCCAAAGUAACUCCUGGUGGUACUCCAGUUGGAAACAAAGGUGGUGCCCAAAGAAAAGGCCAAGAUGGUGCAUCUGGUGGACCCCAAGGUGGUCCCGAUAAUCGAACUGCUGCUACCCAGCAAGGUAGCUCUCAAGGUGACGCUGAUAGUCAAACAGGUGCUAGAAAGCAGGUAGUUGAUAGAGAUGUUCAAAUGGUUGAUCCUCUAGAACUCCAAGUUAAAGAAGUCGAUGGAAAAGGAGCUUCCAAUGAUAUUGCCAUGUACAAAUUUUCUACCCAUUCUGCUAAUGAACGAGAGGAGCGCCCUGAACGCCCUGCGAAGAAGAUCGGUAAAUUUAAUGGCGCGGAUGAUGUUAGCUCUGCCAAACAACAAGCUACAUCUAAUGAAGUAGAGACUGGACACCAACUCGGCUUGACAGGCCCUUUUUCACCUCCCCAACAUUAA